AUGACACAUUCGCAACCGGUAAAAACAGGAAAAUGUGCAUUUUUUUGUGGUAAAAGUUUUUGUAUUGUGUUUGUGAAAUCGAAAAGUGAUUUUAUAGUAACUUCCAAUGACUGUGUUACAUUAUGGAGGAGUGGGAAUUAAUUGUGGAGAAAUAUGAAGAUGUUGAACGUAAGAGUUUCCUCAAGGCCUGUGAAUGCGCUCAUCAUGUACUCAAAGAUGACUUAGCACCAUUCGAAAUUGUCUGGUUUUUAGAUACAUUAAUACUUGAGCCUGUUAAUAUACUAAAAACUAUAGCGGCUAAAUCUAAAGAACCAGUUUGGCUUGAACCUAUUGGAAAAGCUUUUAAACUACUCUCCGAUGUAAUUGAGAAGUUUCCGGAAGAGUGUACUCAGCAUUUCGAGAACAUUGUUAGGCUGUGUGAGAAAUCAUUUGAGGCUAGACCCAGAGCAUUCGCUCUACAAUGUUUGACAUCCUUGGUGCCGUAUUAUGAGGCCGCUGCGCAGAAUUAUAACAAACAUCUUGUUAGUCUGAUGAAUGAAAAUAUUUGUAAAGCAGCACUUGCUGAAUUAAUUGGUGCGAUAUGUUCUCAUUAUACGGAUAUAGUAAAAUCAAAUGUGGCUACAAUAUGGAGGGUUUAUCUAAAUUUAUUCGAUUCUAGACAAUCGGAUACUGUGGUGAGAUCCUUACUCCUGGGUGUGUCAGGAGUGCUGAAGUCCUUCGGGAAUGAUCUGGAUAUUAAAGAGUUUCCAGUCUUCUACAAGCACUUAGUAGACGCAAGUAAUAAAUCUAAAUGCAGAGAUGUAUACCUCAAAAUAUUGGCGAAACACGCUGACCUCUUCCGAGAGCUUCUAGCUAAUGACCCUGAAACAAGGAUGUCAUUAUGGCAUUCUUAUCCAACUUCGGACCCUCAGGAUGUCAACCGGCAGGCCAUACUGUCAGUGUACAAUGCCAUCAAACAGGUUUUCAAAGAAAAUCGCAGUCGGUUCAAUGCGAUAGUAAGAACGGAAACGUUUCAAUUUGAGAAUUCAAGCAAUAGCGAGAUCAAGUUUACAGCAUUACGCGUGUUACACGCGGUGAAUGCGCGUGUUGCCCGCGUACAUUGUGAUAUGCAAGCGUUGUACGCGUUGAGACAUUGCCGUCUUACAUAUGAACAUUGUGAAAUGAUACAAUGGUGUUUGGAAUAUAAUAUAGAAAAUGAUAUAAAAUUGUUAAAAAGUGUUUUGGUAUUUCAUGAAAAUAUACCUACAAAGUAUCAGAAAGUUAUUGUAGUUAAUAUUCUACUGAAAGCCCCACAUAGUGUUAGAAAGAUGGCAGUAAUAUUCCUUAUAACUGAAACAUGUCAGUAUUAUAAAGAUAAUGGUAAUAUUGAUAAAUAUAUACAUUUAUGGAAAUCUUUGUUUAUAACAAGUUCUGAUGAACUCAAAAAUAAAUCUGGGGAGAUUUUUCUAGAUUUUAUGGAAUAUUUAUAUCAACUAUUGAUGCAAAAUAACAUGAGUAAUUCAGAGGAAAUAUCUGACAAAUUGUCAUAUUUGAUUACAAUCAGUUGGUACAUAAUACCUAUGGGGGAUGAGGUGGUGGGUGAGAGGGUGUGUGACGUCAGCCGGGGGGUGGUGCGGCUGCUGGGGGGUGCGGGGGGUGCGGGGCUGCGCGUUGCUAGGUUACUACUUAGAUACGGAGCCGUGGAUUUGUACUCAGAGAUGGUGAAGGACAUUUCUCUAGAGAAUUGUACGGAUGACUUAAUGUUAUACGAGACAUGUUUAGCGUUGGUUUACACUGCGACAAGAGUUGAUGAUGUAAGAAGAGUUUUACACGCGUUACAGAUUAUAUUGUCUAGAUCAGACGUCGAAGCUUCUAUUUUGUCUCGUUGCAUAAUUACUUUAGAUAAUAUUAUGUCUACAAGAAAAGAUUUCAAUGGAAACGUAUUAAAUCAAAUAAUACAUAGAUUGGAGAAAAUACAAUAUAUUGAACACAAAGGAAAAGACGGCAGAUGUUUGAGAAGGGAUUUGUUUAUGUUUUUAGGUAAAUAUUAA